UAAACGUUUCUUCUUCGUUAGGGCUUAACCAAUAUAUCUAAUUCUCCUUCCUUUCUUUUUUUAAAAUAUUAUGGAGUCUUCUUCGUAUUUCUCCAUUAAAGAUUUGGUUCAAAAAGUUAAGGAAGAGGUGUUCUCAGACAUCGAUCCCUAUGCCCUUAUUGCUAGUUCUGCUUAUGACACUGCAUGGCUAGCCAUGGUUCCUGAUACUUGUGACCCAUCGCAACCCAUGUUCAAGAAUUGCUUGGAUUGGGUUCUCAAAAAUCAGAAACAAGAUGGGUUUUGGGGAGACUGUGAUAGCUGUGGCAUGCCUACUAUUGAGUGCCUUCCUUCAACUAUUGCUUGCUUGGUUGCCCUUAAAAGGUGGAAUCUUGAGGAAACCAUGAUAGAUAAAGGUACGGCAUUCAUUCAGUCAAACGCAGAUAAGCUUAUUGAAGACGUAUAUGAAACUUGUCCACGCUGGUUUGCCAUCAUUUUCCCUGCAAUGCUUGAGCUUGCACGUACAAAUGGAUUGAAGAUUAUCAUCCCUGACAAGCUGAAAGGGCGAGUAAUGGACACCUUCUACAGAAGGCAAGAAAUUCUAGAAAGGGAAAAACUUGUGGACAAGGACCAUUAUCCUCCGUUAUUAGCUUAUCUUGAAGCCUUGCCUCUGUACAGUAUUGAUCAAGAAGAUGUGAUUAAGCAUUUGGAUACUGAUGGUUCAUUAUUCCAAUCCCCUUCUGCUACAGCACGUGCUUUCAUGGCGACUGGAAAUAAACAUUGUUUAAAUUACUUGCAAUCUCUUGUUCAAAGAUUUCCCAAUGGGGUUCCAUCGACAUAUCCAAUGGAUGAAGACCUGAUAAAGCUUUGCAUGAUCAACCAAUUACAUAGGCUCGGUUUGGCUGAGCAUUUUAAUCGAGAGAUUGAACAAGUAUUGGAACAUGUUUAUAGGAAUUACAUGAAUCAAGAACCACAUGCAAAACCAACCAAUUUAGUUGCACCAAAUUUAUACAAAGACUCUCUAGCAUUUUGGCUUCUGCGGAUGUAUGGAUAUAAUGUAUCACCACGGAUGUUCUGUUGGUUUUUACUUGAUGAAGACAUUAAAGAUCAUAUCCGAAACAACCAUGAAUUGUUCUCAAGUGUAAUGCUCAAUGUUCACAAAGCAACUGAUCUUAUGUUUUCUGGAGAAUAUGAAGUUGAAGAAGCAAAGUCUUUUUCAAGGAAAUUACUUGAGAAAAGCAUUCCAAUGGAUACUAAUGACCAUAACAAAGUUAACUACCCUUUCCCAAAUUUCCAUGCAGUGAUCAAGAAUGAGUUGAAGUUUCCAUGGCUGGCUCGACUUGAUCACCUGGAGAACAGAAUGUGGAUUGAAGAAAAGAACGUCACCGCUUUAUGGAUGGGAAAAGCCUCCUUUCUCAGGUUGUCAAGCCUUUACAAUGACAAGCUAAUGCAACUUGCAACACAAAACUUCGAGUAUCGCCAGUCAAUUUACAUGAAAGAAUUGGAGGAACUAAAAAGGUGGUCCAAGGACUGGGGUCUCACUGAUAUGGGAUUUGGUAGAGAGAAAACUACAUAUUGUUACUUUGCAGUGGCUGCUAGUACUUCACUGCCUCAGGAUUCUCAUGUAAGAAUGAUUGUUGCUAAGAGUGCAAUACUUAUCACCGUUGCUGAUGAUUUUUAUGACAUGGAAGGUUCUCUAUAUGACUUGGAAAAACUCACCGAUGCAAUUCAAAGAUGGGAUGCUAUAGGCUUAAAUGGCCCUGGUAAGACUAUCUUUAAUGUUCUUGAUGAUCUUGUAAAAGAGAUGGCAGCAACACACUUUCAACGAGAAGGAACUGAUAUAACAAACAGUCUUCAAUAUAUAUGGCAUGAGACAUUCAGUGCUUGGUUUAUGGAAGCUAAGUGGAGUAGAAGUGGAUUUAGACCAACAGAAGAGGAGUAUCUUAAAACUGGAAUGACAUCUAUUGCUACACACACCUUAGUUCUUCCAGCUUCAUGUUUUCUGAGUCCAAGUUUGCCAAAACAUAAACUCAAGCCAGAAAAAUAUGAGAACGUUACUAAACUGCUAAUGAUUAUCCCUCGUUUGUUGAAUGAUAUGCAAAGUUAUGAGAAGGAACAGAAAGAAGGAAAACAAAACUUUGUUCUGCUACACAUGGAAAAGAAUAUGAAAGCAGAAAUUGAGGAUUCAAUAACCUAUGUCAAAGAAAUGGUCGAUGAAAAGAAAAGGGAGUUCAUAGAGCAUGUUUUAAUGGAUGGAUUUAAUGAUUUAUCCAAAGAAAGCAGGCAUCUGCAUUUAUCAUGUCUCAAAGUAUUUCAAAUGUUCUUCGAUUCUAGCAAUCGAUACGACUCUAGCACAGACAUGCUUCAGGACAUUCAAAAGGCAAUAUAUCUCCCAGUGGAAGCGGAUGCAACAAAACCCUUAAAGCUUUUUCCUCAAGAACUUAGGCCCUUCCUGCCUCCAUCACCUCUGCAUUCUGCUCAAUCUGGAAAAAGACAUCGUCAAAUAGUUGUCAACUAUCAAUUUGGUCACCGUUUCAAGAAUUACACCAUUAACUAUUCUGCUAAACCUGUUGCUUUCCCCGGUUCAAGAAAUCAAUCCAUCAAGGCGCCUGUGGCAUUGAACUCCAAAUUGUCUAUUCCUUUAACAAAUUUCGCAAGUCAAUGCAUAAUGUAAAUAGAAGAAUAAAGGUAUAGCCUGUAAGAUAGUGCAAUUCAGGAAUUUUCCAUUGUAUUUCAAUAAUGGUGGAAUAACAGAAAUACUUUCGUAUCAA